AUGGCACUUUCAUCCUCCUGCAACGUGGUAGCCAACCCCUCCUUCGAAUCCGGUGUCCUAGCUCCAUGGUACACAACCGUCGUCGACGUGGCCCAUGUAAGCAAUGGUACACAGGCCUUUAGCGGAGACUAUUACCUGGACCUUGAAACGGGCUAUGUCACGAUGGGCAACCUUGUCUCGCAGCGGAUCACAGACCUGCAGCCUGGAGCAAACUAUACCUUCAGCCUGCAGGCCAUGACCCCAACCUCGGCGGCAAACUUCUGCAAUGUCCUUGUUUACAUGGGCGGAAACGCGACUACCGGGGCGGUUGCGUCGACUUACGACGUGGUUCCAAACGGUGGAUGGACCAAGGUGACUGGGAGUUACAAGGCCAGGUAUCGAGAGGAGGUGCUUCAUAUUUUCGCUCGUUGCGACUCUGAGGAUUCGUCUACGAGUGGCGAUGUCUACUUGGACGAUGUCUUUUUGGGGGUGCCGGAGAAGUGUGAGGCGAUUCUUGAUUAG